AUGCAGUGUCGGCGGGAUAUUUCAUUCCCCGACCGCAUCCUGUGGACGGACGAGUCGACCUUUACACCGAACGGUGUAUUUAAUUCGCGGAAUUUCCUAUUGUGGCAGGAGGAAUAUCCACACGCCGUUCGAGAAGGCGCGUUCCAGUACCGCUGGAGUAUUAAUGUUUGGGCCGGAGUAAUUGCGGACCGAGUGAUCGGUCCGUACUUUUUGCCACCUCGGCUUAAUGGCGAGAUUUAUGCGGAUUUUAUCAAAAAUCAACUCCCAGGGCUACUCGAGGACGUCCCUCUACAGGCACGAGCGGAGUUGAUCUUUCAACAUGAUGGAGCUCCUGCGCACUUUAGCCGGCAAGUGCGAGAUACAUUAGAUACGCGUUUCCCGGAAAGGUGGAUAGGUCGAGGUGGUCCGAUCACCUGGCCGCCGCGAUCUCCUGACCUUAAUGUGCUCGAUUAUUUCUUAUGGGGUCACGUUAAGAAUUUAAUCGAACAGCGGCGUGAUGGUACAGAACAAGAAGUACGUGAGGCAAUUGACGCGGCCUUCAAUACUAUCACGCCGGAAAUGACGCACCGAGCAACGCAUGAUAUUAAACGAAGAGCCAAAUUUUGUAUGCGAGGACGACACUUCGAGCAGUUUUUACAUUAAUGCAUUAAUGUACAGUGAAUUAGGCCUCCUGGGGAUACCACUAUAAAAAAAACGCGCCAUGCUAUCUACCGCUAGGUGGUGUGGAAAGGAUAGCACCGAUAAUUAUCUCCGCAAGGAGAACGCGUGACGAAAACGCGCAUUUAUAGGGUGGCCGGUCAUAAGCUGCCAACCCGAAGUGUGAAGGUAGAUUGGGUUAAGAUAAACA